UCCUGGUGCUGCAUAUUCACCAGAUAGGUAUUUCGUUUUAGCAGUGAUAGAUUCAGGCUGCAAGUGACCGAAUUGCACUUCAGAUAGUUAACGAUUUGUGAACUUACCUUUCUUAGUUCUGUUUAGCUUCGUCCACUCGGCGGAUUGUACCCUACCGUUACAUCGCCAUGGCGUCGGAGUUAACUCCGAACGCGCUUGAGCUUUUGAACUCUGGUGCGACGGACGGCAACUACGUCCUCCAAGUGUACGACUCGCGUCACGUGGGGAGCGCAUCCGUUCCGCCGGCGCAGGAGCGGUACCGGCUGGUGGUGUCGGACGGGCGGUGGCAGCAGUGGGCCAUGGUGGCCACGCAGAUGAACGAGCUCAUGCGCACCUCCGUUAAGAAGGGCUCCAUUAUCCGCCUCCAGGAGUGCAUCACCAACACCGUGCAGGGAAAAAAGAUCGUGAUCAUUCUGAAGAUGGAGGUCGUCCAGUCCGACUCGCCUCUCAUCGGCGACCCCCAGCCCUUUCCCGCCGACGGUCAGCUCCCGCCUCCACGUCAGCACCCGUCGACCCCCGCCAGCACGAUCACGAACAACUCUGCGGCCCCUCCGCAGCAGCAGCAGCAGCAGCAGCAGCAGCAUCAGUUGCCACAGCAGCCGAACGGUGGUCCUACUUCCAUGGCUCAGUACGCUCCGUCAGGCGCCGCUCACCCGUCCAAUGUCGCCCAGCCGAACCAGCCAGGCCAGCCAAACCCUUAUGCUGCUGCUGGUUUCGGUCAACAGCAGCAGCAGCCGCCGCCGCCGCAGCAGCAGCGGCAAUCCCAGCAGCCACAGUAUUCUUCGGGCGGAGGUUUCGGCGGUAGUCACGGAGGCGGGUUCGCUGGCAGUGGAGGCGCAGGGGGGAGCGGAGGCGGAGGAUACGGGGGAGGGGGGGGAGCAGCUCCGCCCCCGUCCUACUCCUCCCGCGGACCCGUGGCGCGGAACGAGGCUCACGCGCGGGUGGUGGCGAUCGACAGUCUGAACCCGUACCUGGGGAAGUGGACGAUCAAGGCUCGCGUGACGUCCAAGGGCGACAUCCGGCGGUACAACAACGCGCGCGGCGAGGGCAAGGUGUUCAGCUUCGACCUGCUGGACGCCGAGGGCGGCGAGAUCCGCGUCACGUGCUUCAACCGCGAGGUGGACAGCUUCUUCGAAAAGAUCCAGAAGGGGCAGGUGUACAUUAUCUCCAAGGGCAGUCUGAAGCCGGCGCAGAGGAUGUACAACCACCUGCGCAGCGACUGGGAGAUCCUGCUCGACUCGUCCUCGUCCGUCGACCUCUGCCCCGACGACGGCGCCAUCCAGGCCAUCCAGUACGACUUCAAAACCAUCGCUGACGUGGCGGGCAUGCAGAACAACAGCGUGGCGGACGUGGUGGGCGUGGUGGUGUCGGUGGGCGCAAGUGCGAGCAUCAUGCGGCGCAAUGGGACGGAGACGAUGAAGCGCACGUGCAUGAUCCGCGACCAGUCGGGCAAGCAGACGGAGCUCACCAUGUGGGGCGGCUUCUGCAGCGCCGAGGGGCAGCAGCUGCAGGAGCUGGUGGAGGCGGGGCAGCACCCGGUGCUGGCGAUCAAGGCGGGCCGCGUGAGCGACUUCAGCGGCAAGUCUCUGGGGACCAUCUCGUCCACGCAGCUCGCCAUCAAUCCGGACAUCCCCCAGGCCAAGGACCUCGCCGCCUGGUACACAGCGGGCGGCGGCGCCUCCAUGCCCGUGCAGGUCAUCUCCACCGAGUUCGGCGGCGGCGGCGGCAGCGGAGGGACCGGCCGUGACCCUCGCAAGCUGAUCGCUGCGAUUAAGGACGAGGGGCUGGGGAUGGGCGGGAAGACGGACUGGGUGUCGGUGCGCGGUACGGUGUCGUUCUUCCGCGCGGACAACUGCUAUUACACAGCGUGCCCGCUCACGACCGCGGAGGGGCGGCAGUGCCAAAAGAAGGUGGUGCAGGACCACGGUGGCAACGGGUGGUACUGCGAGAGGUGCGGGCGGCCCGUCCCCAACUGCGAUUUCCGCUACAUCCUGAGCUUCCAGCUGCAGGACCAUACUGGCACCACGUGGCUCUCCGCCUUCCAGGAGGUUGCGGAGGAGAUGCUCAAGACCAAGGCAGCUGACGUCAAUGCGUGGAGGGAGGCGGGCGACUUGCGCGCCGGGGAGGUGUUUAUGAGCGCGCAGUGGACGCAGUGGGUGGUGAAGGUGAAGGUGAAGGAGGAGACCUAUCAGGACGAGGCACGGGUCAAGUGCACCGUGGUCAAGGCCGAGCCUGUGAACUACGCGGCUGAGAGCCGCGUGCUGCUGGACUACAUUGGCAAGCUGCAGAGGGGCGAGCCCAUCUCUGCGCCGGUGCCGGCGUCGCCUGGACUGUCUGCUGGCGUGGGGGGCAUGCAGGUGGGCAGGGGGGCUGCUGGUGGUGGGGGGUAUGGGGCAGGAGGAGGAGGAUACGGUGGUGCUGCUGCUGGUGGUGGUGGUGGCUACAACAGCAGUGCAUAUGGUGGUGGGGGAGGGGGAGGUGGUGCGUAUGGUGGGGUUGCUGAGGGUGGUGGGUAUGGCGGGGGUGGAGGUUUUGGUGGUGGCAGUGGUGGUAGGGGUGGUGGGGGAGGGGGUGGCGGUGGCAGCAGUGGUUCCUGUUUCAAGUGUGGGGGCACAGGCCACUGGGCGAGAGACUGUCCUGCUGGUGGUGGUGGAGGUGGUGGUGGGGGUGGUGGUGGCUAUGGGGGUGGUGGUUAUGGUGGUGGUGGUGGCGGUGGCGGCGGUGGUGGGGGGGGAGGAGGUGGUUCGUGUUUCAAGUGUGGAGGGUCGGGUCACUGGGCCCGAGACUGCCCUGCUGGUGGUGGGGGUGGCGGCGGCGGCGGUCGAGGUGGUGGAUAUGGUGGUGGUGGCUACUGAAUGUGAUUCAGCAUGUCCGUGAUACUGAUUUUGCUUGCUUUGAUCGCUUUCUUAUGAUCCCGACAUGGGUUUUCUUUCUCUGUAAAUGGGAAGUGCCUUGAAGAUUUGAGGAAAUUCAGUUUUACUAGCUUUAUCAAAUGUAUCCAAGCAUAAACGUGGUUCCAAGUA